GAGGGUGAUGGUAAUGAUGGUGCUUGGUGUUGCUGACUCUCUGAUGUUUGAGCUUCAUGUUUCUGUAUGAUUUGUCCAGCUUUUACGCAAUAAUGUGAUACCCGAAUCUUUUUCUUCUCACCACUGCGCUCCUAUCUUCAAUUCCUCGAAGUCAUCUCUCACUUUGAUAUUUUUUUUUAUUGAUUUUGAUGAUCUUCUACUGCGUCUAUGCUUGAUUUCUCUUUUGAAUUUUUAUAAUUUUUCUCUUCAUCGUGUCUCCUCCCAGCCUUUCUUCUAAUAUCGUGUUUUCUCGUUCCCAGUGCACUGAAGCAAAACAAAGACAAGACAGUGACUUCUCAUCAACGUCUCUUGUUCUCUGACUUCUAAUCCUCGAUAUUAGCAGCCACGAUGAUGGUAUCAGGAGCAUCACCAUCUUCCAUAUUCCUCACUGCUCUAUUUUUAUUUUCAUUGAUACCCUCAACCGUCAGCCGUGCUGAUGGUAUAACGAAUGAGCUUUCUACUCAAAGGGACAACUCAUCUGAUGAUAUUGACUUGGUUUCGUUCUUGAACUCCAAAUCGCAGCAGCAUGACGCCAUUUUCACGGAAGCAGUGCAGUUGCUAGAGUCUAUGCAAUCGUCACCAUCUUGCAAUCGAAUCGCUGCCACGAGACUCGUUACAUCCUGUCAAUCCAUCGGGGGAAAGGCGAGCAGACAAAGUGAUAAAACUCAUACCCAUGUGUCGUUGGAUCACGUUCGCUCUCUAUAUGCAGCAAGGCUUGCCAUCUGCGAACUCAAUGGGGCUGGGGCAUCAAUUCCCCCUCCAUGUAUCCCUGUGACAGUUUUACCACCCCAAAAGAAAGGAAUCUUUGACUUUUCCAAUAAUUAUAAACCCCAAAUUAAUAUAGCGGACUCCAUGCCCAAGGAAGUCCUGGGAUCCUGCCUCAAAUCACUGGAAUCACGCCCACAGUGGUGGACCUCUUAUAGUAACAGUAGGCAAAACGCCGUGGUGAUAUGCCAAGCAGCAAGGGUUGAGAACGAAAAAGAAGAACUCUUGGGACUUCACAGAUCUAUAGUCGAGAGCACCAUCAAGCUCAAUGAUGGGUUUCAGGAAGCUCUGCGAAUGGCCGCCGACGAGUCUUCUCAACAUAGAGCAUUCAUGCAUGCAAACGAAGUUAUGCGAGCUAGACUGGUUCAUGAUCUGGAAGAAACAGAGUCACGCUUCAAAUACUUUGUUGCAAACCUGUUCCAUGACAUUGAGUCGAGUUUCGAUUCGGUCAUGACAAUUAUGACUUCGGUUCUUGGGAGGGUGCAGACGGAGGUAACAGUCCUCGGGAAGGAUAUCAAAAACGCAUCCAACGAAGUGGAACGGUUGCAGCAAGCUCUAGAAGUCGCACAUGCUGAGGCAUUGGCAAGAAACGAACAGUUGACGGAUAUACAUCAACGAGAUGCCUUAGCUCAUCAUCACCUUGCCUCUUCCAUCCAAUCCUCGCUAGGGUCACUUUUACAGGGCGAUAUAUCCAGGAUUUCCCAAAAUAUGAAGAUUUUCGAUUCUUCGCUGGAAUGGCUUUCUGGGAAGAUGGACCUUAUUGUACAGCAGGAGUCCAGGAUACAGGAGCGACUGCGGACUUUCGAGGCAUCGCUGGAAGAAUCCGAAGUAAAAGCCGAAGGUUUGCUGCAGACUCAGAAGUUGCAGACUGAGGCUAUCGCGACACAAUCGCAAGCCCAAGAGAGUCUACAAACAAAUAUGAGAAUCUCACAGGCGCUUCUUGAUAAGACGGCAGCCACAGCAGCGAAUUUGCAGACAAUGAUAGACGAAACGACGGUCAAGUAUAAAGAAUAUCCUGCUCUGGGUGGUUUCUUGGGAACAUACUCUGCAUGGACGGUAUGUGCCCUCCUUUUCAGUAUCAUCGGGGCGCAAAACCCAAGAUCUGCCUUAGCAGUUUUCUUCGUUGGCAGCAUCCACAUGGUUGCUACGAAAAUAUUUUACUAGAACGACAUAACGACAUAACGAAAAUUUUAUAUUUAUUUUUCUUUUCCAAUUAAACAUCUGCGUUUAUUUCAGCAUAUACGGCUUUACGACCUUCUUUAGACAACUAUACGACCAUCAGAAAAAUGCGGUUUCAUGGGUUAUAUCGCAUCGGGGUUUGCUUCUUCAUGGCGUUCUUACACUCCGCGGGUUGGAGAGAGAUGAUAUCGACCGGGUGAUAGUUUGAUUUGAUAUCUUUGAUAUGUUUUAUUCCCCUUUAUGACCUAUUUUAUUCUACUUAUUGCCAGCUAUCUUUAUAUUCUUAAACGCUUUCCCGCCAGAUCUAAAGAAUGGAGAGCACCGAAGUCUUCUGUCCAGGAACUGAGCAUCAUAGCAGCUUUGUUUGCAAUACUACCUAAAUUACAUGACGAAACAC